UCUCUUUCUUUUCUUUUCUUUUUUUUUUUUUUUUUCUGGAUAUUAAAUAAAACUUUGUGAUUAGAGAGAGCUUUUAUUUUAUUGUCUUUUGUAUGACGUGAGAAAUGUGUCGUCUAUUGCCUGCAAUUUCGUUGGAGAAUGAGUGGAUUUAUAUUGCUUUAGCACUGUGUAUUGGUUAGUAAUAAGUAGUUUGCUGGACAAUUAUUUCGUUGUAAUAUCAAUUGAAUUGCAUCGUUUUUCUGACAAAUGAAAAUAAUAUUUUAUGGUUUCUGUUUCCACUGUCAGCCUUUAUUGCUCUGGUACUGCUGGUAUAUUUUCCAUUUUCUGUUUUCCUUUUUGGUUUCUAAUCCUCCUUAAAUCCAUGGGCUUAGAAUCAUAUUUGUGUAUAUUUAUAGUUGGGUUCCGUUUAGUCUCCGAAUUGAUAUUAGCGCUGAGUUUGAUGCAAAUUUUGUGUAAAUUCACUUUUCUGAGUUGUUAACCAUUUUGAUUGGCUUUAGUCAUCAAUGUUUGUUGGGUUUCAUAAUUUCCGACUUUUUGGAUUUUUCUCCAAUAACGUCCCAUCUCCUUAUCUCUUCUUUAUCUUUUGUUUUUGCUACUGGUUGGUUUUUUCCAUGGUGCUUUUUCUCUGCCAAUUAUAUGCAUUUUGUUUCUUUGUUUAAUUCUUACAAAUUAUUUAGUACAUCUAUGACUCCUGUAGUGUUCGAGUUCUUUGCUUCAUGGGUUUCAUGUUUGAUCGAGUUUAGCUUUUCCUCUCGCCAUCUCUUUAGCUCUGGGGUGUGUGCUACUGGUCGCCUCGUUGAUGAUCAUAGAUGCCACAGUCUGAUAGUUCAUCAGUAUCAUUGAAAAAUGUCUUUCCUUUUUGUCACAUACUAAUCAGCCGGAUAUUUCAAUGGUUGCUUCUCUUUUGGUUUUGUAUGUUCAUUUGAGUUCUUUGUAUAUGGACUUCCCCAGUUCAUCAACUUGAUUGAGGUGGAAGGAAUUCAUUGAGGGGCCAUGGAGAAUUCUUAUGAGACAUCAAAUGGAAAUGGGCCAACCGAUAAUGGCCACAUAGUUGUGAGGCACUCCCCUAACCAACCCUGCAUCAAGGUAUCACUACCUUGGCUUGAUAUUAAAGUUUUUUAUGUUAGAAUUAGCAAAUGUGAGAUCGAUGACCCCACUCCUGUAUACCUCAUGCUAAAUCAUGUUCCGAUGGAUCCGGACACCCUUCUUGAAGUUAAUGGAGUUAGAACUAGUAUCAAUUCAGAUGGGGAAAUGUCCCUUCUCCGAAGGGAUCGAAUAGAUAAAAAAUCUGAAGAAGCUACAUUUGUAAGCACUGAUAGGAUAAGGAUGACUGGAAGUGUUAAAUUUCAGGUUUUCGAUAAGGAUGUGCUUGUGUUAUCUGGGGUUUUAGGAUUGUGUAAUGGUAAUGGUCACAAUGGGGAAACAAAUCAUCAAGUGCAGGGAUGGAGCAUGAGCUGUGAAUCAGAUUUGAUUGCAGGCACUGGCAUCUUUAGAGGGAAGCAAUUGAUAGGUGCAGAAUAUGGUUCACCUACAAUUGAGGUCUAUAUUGCAGGGUCAUUCUUGGGCAGUCCAAUUAUUUUAACAAAGACACUGCAGCUUAAUCCUAGGAAGAAGCAUCUGAGGAAGGGGUUAUUAAAUUCAAUUCCUGAGUAUGAGGCAACAGAAGACUCAGAAGGUGCUCUUUCGACUCUAGCUCCUCGGGUAUCAGAAUACCCACAUCGCAAGCCAGAAAAUGAAGAUUAUGACCCAUACUUAGGGACAGCGUACUUAGAACGUGAAGAUGGAGAGCUUUCAUGGUUCAAUGCUGGUGUGAGGGUGGGUGUUGGAAUUGGUCUUAGCGUAUGUCUUGGAAUUGGAAUUGGAGUGGGCUUGCUGGUUCGGACCUAUCAAGGCACCACACGAAACUUUAGAAGGCGGCUAUUAUAGUUGAUUAGUAUUUUUGCCAUUUCCAUUGUAGCCUAAUAUAACUAGUAAAGCUCCUUUAUGAUCCACAUACAGAAAGAGAAAACUUAAUGGUGUUUUUGAGGUAUCAGAAUUUCACUCAGGUCUCAUGUCUGUACUCUUUUGAGUGUAGGUAAUUCGCGCCUUCAUCAUUUCUCCUUUAUUAUCUGCAUUAGGUUUUGUCUAUGUAAGUCAACAGCUAGAAGGAUUGGUUUAAUAUCUAGAGAAAAAAUUCCUACACUAUUUUUUAGUUUCCAGGUUUCCAGGUAAUGAGCGAACGUGUUAUUGAGUCAAGAUCCUCAUAAUGUUAGCAAUCUGCUUUGAGACUUCUUCAUCUGUAGAGGCUAUUGUAUAUUCUCAAAGAUGCUGAUAGCAAUGGAAUUUUGGUAAUGGAUAAGAUAUAUUUGCAAAUUUAA